AUCCACUACCAGCCUCUACCAGGAUAGCAAGCUUUCCCCAAUUAUAUCUCUUCACGAAUACCCAGGAAAACACAAGCAAAAAUGGCCACUACCCUAACUCACCCGGCUAUCAAAGAUGGUUGGUUCCGUGAGGAAAGUAACUUAUGGCCAGGUCAAGCCAUGUCCCUUCAGGUCAAAAAAGUCUUACACGUCGAAAAGAGCAAAUUCCAGGAUGUACUCGUGUUCGAAUCUACUUCGCACGGCAACGUUUUGGUACUCGAUGGUGCCAUUCAAUGCGUUGAGAACGAUGAGUUCAGCUACCAAGAGAUGAUCGCUCAUUUGCCCCUUAACUCUCACCCCAAUCCAGAGCAUGUCCUUGUCAUCGGUGGUGGGGAUGGUGGCGUACUGAGGGAGGUCCUCAAGCACCCAAGCGUCAAGACGGCUACUCUCGUUGAUAUCGACGAGGCCGUUCCACGAGUCUCCAAAACCUUCCUUCCUCACAUGGCUGCUGGCUUCAAUGAUCCUCGAGUGACAGUUCACAUCGGAGAUGGUUUCCAGUACCUCCGCGACCAAGUUGGAAAGUUUGAUGUUAUCAUCACUGACAGUUCGGACCCCAAUGAAGGCCCUGCGCAAACCUUGUUUGGCAUGCCCUACUUUGAAUUACUCAAGAACGCCUUGAAGCCCAACGGAUCGAUUGCAACUCAAGGAGAAUGCAUCUGGCUCCAUCUUCCUCUGAUUCACAGCUUGAUCAAAGGCGCAAAAGAUUUGUUCCCUCAAGUCGAGUAUGCAUACACUUCGAUCCCCACUUACCCCAGUGGAACAAUCGGAUUUGUCGUCUGCUCUCUCGAUAAAGACCGCAAAUUGAAACAGCCCCUCAGACAAGUCCGCAACACCAAGUACUACAACAAGAAUGUGCACGCCGCUGCGUUCGUCUUGCCCGAGUUCGCUCGUCAAGCCGUUGAGGCCGCCAAAGCCAACCUCGACAUGCCUGACAAAUCUGCCUCGGCUCAAUCAUCUGUCCCUGGUAAGAAAAUUCUGCUCCUUGGCUCUGGAUUUGUGGCACAGCCCGCUGCGGACUAUCUUCUCCGACGCCCCGAAAACCAAGUCACAGUUGCUUCAUUCAACCUCUGGAAAGCUGAACGAUUCGCCACUGAGCUGGCACGGGAAGUCAAGUGCAUCUCGCUUGACAUCAACAACAGCGAGGCUUUAGACAAAGCAGUUUCCGAGCAUGAUUUGGUCAUUUCCCUCGUGCCUUACAUCCACCAUGCCAGCGUAAUCAAGAGCGCUAUCAAGUUCAAGAAGAAUGUGGUCACCACUAGCUACGUCAGUCCCGCUAUGCGAGCGCUGGAUGAGGAAGUUAAGAAGGCUGGUAUCACUGUCUUGAACGAGAUCGGUGUGGACCCUGGAGUCGAUCAUCUCUACGCUGUCAAGAUGAUCGAUACCGUCCACCGGGCUGGUGGUAAAAUCAUCGAGUUCAUCUCAUACUGCUGUGGUUUGCCCGCACCGGAAUGCUCAAACAACCCGCUGGGCUACAAAUUCUCGUGGUCUUCACGAGGAGUUUUGCUGGCUCUUUUGAACUCAGCUAAGCUCUACUCGAAGGGAAAAUUGAUCGAGAUCGAAGGCCAGGAGCUCAUGAACCACGCCCAACCCUACUUCAUCUCACCCGCUUUUGCAUUCGUCGCUUACCCCAACCGAGACUCGACCCCAUUCCGUGAAUUCUACGAAAUCCCAGAAGCUCAGACCGUUGUCCGUGGUACCAUCCGAUACCAAGGCUUCCCGGCCUUCAUCAAGACCCUUGUAGACAUCGGCUUCUUGAACGAAACCCCUCAGGCCUAUUUGCGACCCGAAUCGACCUUACCAUGGAAAGAGGUUACCGCUCGAAUCCUAGGUGCAGAUGAUUCUACUGAGCGCUGCUUGGUCUCUGAGAUCAAGAAGAGGACCACUUUCCCUAACUCAGACGAAGAGGUCCGAAUCCUAGCUGGAUUGAAAUGGAUCGGAAUCUUCAGCGAUGACCAUGCGGUACCCAGAGGCAAUAUCUUGGACACCCUUUGUGCCAGACUCGAAACUAAGAUGCAGUACGAGAAGGACGAAAGGGACAUGGUCGUCUUACAACACAAGUUUGGAAUCCAAUGGCAGGACGGUAGCAAGGAAACGCGAACAUCAACUUUGGUUGAAUACGGAGCACCCUUCCAAUCUGGAACCGGUCCAUCCGCCAUGGCUAAACUGGUCGGAGUACCCUGUGGGAUUGCUGUCCAAUUGAUUUUGGAUGGAAAGAUCACUAAGAAGGGAGUCUUGGCACCUUAUACUUUGGACAUCGUUGCUCCACUUCUGGCUGAAGUCGAAAAGGAAGGCAUCUCGAUGGUCGAUCAAAUCGUUUCUUGAAAACCCUAUGAUUAUGGAUAGAACCCCAUCACCAUCAAACAAACUUAAAAACUUAUAAAAUUAUAUAUACCCUACCAAUAUAUGUGGCAAUCUAGUGCAAUUGGCCCCCAUUUGGUACUUUAUAAGUCUAUCUUUUUGUGUGAUGAUGAAUGAGAAAACCACGAAAAAAAAACUUUGACGAUUCUUUGAUGAUGUAAAUAGAACCCGAUCUGCGCAAGAUGACAUCCAGGAAUCGACCUUGAACUACCUACCCUCUCAUUCUGAAUAUAUCUCACUCGUGCUAACUUGAGCGCAUUCAGUCAUGCACCUCUUGCCUCGUAAAAGUGCAGACACCAGCACUGGAGCCAUGCUAACAUGAGUUCAG